CGCCAUCUUGCGUACGGAGGGCAGGGUUGUAGCUCCGCUCCUGAGGCUCGGGCUUUUAGUCCCUCCCGGUCUCUGCUUUGGGCCGUGUCUCCGUGCUCCUUUCACCUUCUUUAUUGAGAGGUAAAGGUCAAUGCAGAACUGUGUUAUAAGAUGCCUUAUGGUGAAAUUGAAGCUAAAUCCAUGGGACAUGGGGAAGAACUAAUAAAUGAACCACGCUAUAAGAAAUUGAAGUCUACUGAAGAGGCAUAUGUUUUCCCCCAUCAUGGUAAUGCUAAUUUUCACAGAAAGCAAAAGAAAACUGGAAAUGAUUGGGUCCCUGUGACCAUCACUGAUGUCAGAGGACGUAGUUAUCCUCAGGAGGACAAAACCAAAACUAGAAGUUUGCUGAAACCUGUGCAUGAUGAGAUGCUUGGUAAUAGACGAGAUGUUAUUAAUUCUGUUGAUUCACAAGCUUUACAGGAUACACGUCUUCCAUUGGUAUCCACAGAUGAUGAGAUAUAUAGCACAAGUAAAGCAUUUAUAGGACCCAUUUACAAACCCCCUGAGAAAAAGAAAUGUAAUGAAAGGAGGAAUCGAGCAGACACUAUCAGUGGUAUAGAUGGGAAAGGAGAACGAAAAGAGAAACAGAAAUUUAAUUAUAAAAAAUCAGAGAUUGACAAUGAAUUAUUCCAGUUUUACAAAGAAAUUGAAGAGCUUGAAAAUGAAAAAGGUGAUUCAGAAAGCAGUUGUAAGGAACGUGAACCCUCUGAGGAACAAUUCAUUCCAUAUUAUCAGGGCCAUAAUAAUCUGUUAAAAUCUGAAGAAGAAAAGAAAAGAGAUCUUACCAGUGCCCUUCAGUCAUAUUGGGGUUAUCAGCAGUGCGUGGGGAAUGAGCCAGGUAAAUAUCCUUAUAAUCGACAAGUAAUACCUACCUUUUGUGACAGUUCAUUUGCUUCCUUCAGGCCUGAGUGGCAAUCAGUGCAUUCUUUUAUAGUACCACAAGACCCUCAUCUUUCCAGUUUUAACUAUCACUUAAAUAUUCAAGGAUUCAACGUUCCACCAAAUCCAUCACCAAAUAUUUUCCAUGCCCAAGAUGGCUUUCAGAUGCAAAAUGGAUAUUAUGUAAAUAGUUGUCAUGUUAACUGGAAUUGUUUGACUUUUGAUCAGAACAAUGGAUAUACUGACUGUAGUGACAUUACCAGUAGUGACCAUCCCUCUAGAAAUGGCUACACUGUGCAAGAUGAAUAUGCGAAUAAUGGUUUCUGUGAAACCAGUGAAGGAUGCUGGAAAGCUCCUUCUGUGGACAAGCAUAAUCGAACUGACAGGUUUAUGAACCAGCAUUUUCAAGAGGAAAAGUUAAAUAAAUUGCAGAAGUUACUUAUUCUUUUAAGAGGUUUGCCUGGUUCUGGGAAAACAACAUUGUCUCGAAUUCUGCUUGGUCAGAGUCGUGAUGGCAUUGUGUUCAGCACUGAUGACUAUUUCCACCAUCAAGAUGGGUACAGGUAUAAUGUUAAUCAACUUGGUGAUGCCCAUGACUGGAAUCAGAACAGAGCAAAACAAGCUAUCAGUCAGGGGAGAUCUCCAGUUAUAAUAGACAACACUAAUACACAAGCUUGGGAAAUGAAACCAUAUGUGGAAAUGGCCAUAGGAAAAGGAUACAGAGUAGAGUUUCAUGAACCUGAAACUUGGUGGAAAUUUGAUCCUGAAGAAUUAGAAAAGAGGAAUAAACAUGGUGUUUCUCGAAAGAAGAUUGCUCAGAUGUUGGAUCGUUAUGAAUAUCAAAUGUCCAUCUCUAUUGUAAUGAAUUCAGUGGAACCGCCACACAAAAGCACACAAAGACCUCCUUCACAGGGGAGACAGAGGUAUAUUCUUAAUGGAAUAGUUCCCCCAGCUGCUACCUGCCAUUCUGAGUUGGUCUCCAUCACAAAGAAUAAAAUGGGCAUUACUCAUCAUAUUCAACUAAGAGAAAGAGAUUUGAAGAAAACUGGGCACAGGUUCAGCAAAGCCAAGAAGAGAAACAGAAAAAGAAACAAAAAGCAGAACAGUCAUAGUAAAAUCAUGGAGGAAAACUCAUUUGAAACCUUAAGUUAUCUUAUACCAGAAGAUCAGGACCUAUCUCAGAAUGAAGAGGAAGACUUAGAAGAGACCAAAAGAGAAUCAGAGUGUUCCUUAACAGGUGGUCUGAGAAAUGAAGUAGGAGAUUUUGUGAAUGUCCAUAAAGAUGAGAGACAGGAAAACAUAAAUUUUGAAAACAGUUUGCCACAUGUUAUGUCUGUAGUUGAGUUGGACAAUACACCAAAGAAUUUCCUCCCCAAGGAAGAUGAUGACUUGUUUCUAAAUUUGUCAUUGAUGCCAAAUGAAAGCUCUGUUGCUUAUUCAACAGUGACUCAAAAUCUCCCGUAUGUAGCAAAUGAUGACUGCCCUGGCACAAAGAUAGAAAAGCAUAUAGAAAGUAGGGAUAUCAUGGCAUUACACAUCCAAGACCGAUUUGUUGAAACCCCGUGCUCAUUUAUGCAGAAGAAAGAGAUGGUAGAUAAGAGUCUCCUGAAUGAAACAAGUCUGUACCAUCAAUAUGGAUCCAGAACUUCAGAUAAAGUUUUAAGAAAGGAACAAGGAGUAAAUACAUCUAAAAACAAUUACUGGGCUUUUUUCUCAAAUGAUUUCUCUGAUGAAGAAUUACAGUUGGGCUCUGAUAGACAACCCUAUUUUGGUAGCUGGCCUGAGGGACCUAAUAAGUUUAUAUGUGAACAGAGACCAAAGAGAGAUAGAUGGCAAAAACUGGCUCAUCCUGACAACAGGAGACAAUUGAUUAAAUUGAUCUCUCCUUCUGAAGGAGCAUCAGGACCAGGAAACAGUCCUGAAACAUUGAUAGAAGAGAAGCUAUCGAUAAAAAAUGAUUUGUCACCUCCAACUGAGAAUAUAGAUUCAAUCAUAGAAACAGAGACAAAUAUCUUUGGAAGCCACUUCCUUAAGCUGGAUAGUGUAAAGAAUGCCUUACACUCAACAAAGAAUAAAAAAAGGAGGCAGAAAAGGAUUUUCAGUUUGGCACCAAACUUUAACUUACUGGGACAGAGUCAUAUCAAUGUAAAAGAAAUGGGAGAAUGUGAAUUGUUAACAGAAAGCCAUGGAAUAAAAAUUAUUUUGGAAGAAAAAAAAGAUGUAAUUUUAGAAAUAAAUAAUGAAGAAGAGAAUAAGCAAAACAUUAUGACCUUCAAUCAUCAUCCAUCAUGGUUUUACUUUGACAUUGUCAAAGAUUCUCUUCUUAAUGUUGGUGGACAAUUUUAUUCUCAUUACCUGCUGUUUAAUAGACUAAGGCACUCUGUGUAUUUUUACAAAAGCCCCAUUCCUUCUCUUAUGCUACAAUAUACAUCUAGCUUUUGGAAGAUAUCUUUUACAAGCAAGAAACCGUUUUUGACUUCCAACUCUCAGAGGAGAGUAGAUGAUAAACUAAAUGAUGUAAGGUUCACUUCUUCAGAAAUUUUAAGUAGCCCACCUGAUACUUUGUACUCUUUUAGGGUCACUUCUGAUCUUCACUUUUUAAAUGAAAGUUUUGGUGAAAAGCUAGAGACAUGGGAAGAACCUAAACCAUUACAGUUCUCAGAAACAGAGGACAACCAAGAUGUAACAAGCACUGACUACUUUGAUUCCCUUGAGCUACCAUUAUCACAAGAGUUUGCCUUUCAACUAGUAAAGCUUUUUGGAUCUCCUGGAGUUCCAGUGGAAUCUUUGUUGCCCGACGACUGUGUGGUUCCUCUUGACUGGAAGACACUGAAGAUGAUCUGUUUGCAGUGGAAGACGUCAGUAGAGAAAAGACAGAAGAAGAUUGGUUAAAAAAAUGAGGAUUCUUUGAACUUUGAAGUCUCCGUCUUCCUGGUACUGUUGAAGAUCCUCAUCAUCAAGAAAGAGUGCCAAGUGCCAAACUGAAGGAUAAUUUAGAGUAAUACACUCAGUGGAUACCGAAAUUGGUUUGAAUAAUCUGUUCAACUAUUCUUAAUCAGUUUCCUGAUUACUAAUAAAAAACUCAACGAAAGAGGUAACAACUUGAACAUUUUAUUAUCUAAUUUUGAAGAUACUCACCCUACUUUAUUUCAUGAAGAAAAUAAGGCACAGAAAACUUGAGUAGCUUAUUUUUAAAAUUGCAUCAGAAUAGAAGGAUAGGCCCUAUAUCCAAGUAUGGGUCCAUGAUUCCAUUUCUAGAAUUCUGAAAUCCAAAAACCUCUGAAAACCAAAAGUUGUUUUUAUUUUGUUUUGUUUCUUAAAUGUUUGGCAUGAAAACUAAGUUGGCAGCAAGACUUGACCCAAACAGACAGGUUAACUUCUUAUUUAUCCCACUUAGCGUGACUCUUCAGACAUUUUACUGCAGAAAUAUUAAUGUGUUAAAUUGCCAGGGGUGCCCUAGACCCCACUUAGAACUUCCUAAAUUCUGAAACAUAUCUGACCUCAAGGAUUUUGGUUAGAGACUGUGGGACUUGCACUAUACUACAAUAAUAAUUAUUUUUAUUAUUACUAUUAUUUUAGUUUAAUCGUACUUAACAAACUUCAAAUACAAAAAUUCGUAUUUGAAAAAUAUAAAUUAAGGGGUGAUUUCUCAUUAUUCAACAUGUAGGCAUUUAUGUAAUCUGUUUUCAGAAAGGGAGUGUUGCCUGCCGUAUCUUGCCUCUUACUCCUCCUCAUCCUGUUUUAUCUUCUCCAGAGAAUAAACCUCCAGGCUUCUGCAGGGGGUGGGCAGCUGCCUGACUGUGUGGACAUUUGUUUCUUAAACAGACUUUCAACUGACCUUCCUGUUUAGAGUCCCACGUCCAGCCCUAAAUCUUCCAAUUCCUGAAAUUUUAGGGGUUAUGCAGAGUAAAUAGUAUUGUUUCUUGGCUUUCUGUAAUUCAAGUUUUAUUUUUAAUUUUUUUUCCAAAUUAAUUAACACUGAGCAUUUAGCUUUCCAGUUUUUGAAAUUUUGUUGCUGUGAUCUUCUCUCUUUUCUUACAGUUUAUACUUGAAAAUAAUAAUGAUUACCCACCCUGCCAAAAAACCUUUACAUUUUCGUGGGGUUUCAGUGAGGGAGUGGAAGUUAAGUAUUUGAGUUCUGCCUGCUUAAUCAGGAACUGAGCACUUUUUUAAAAAUAGCUCAAUGUUUUUCCUAUGUUCAUUUUGUACAGUUUCAGUUUAUCUUUCUACUAGACUGUCAGUCUCUUACAGACAGAGACCAAGGUCUUCAGUGUUUGGUUGAACUCCCUAAGGUCUUGCUCUCUGUGCAGGCUCCUAGAGCCGUUGUGAAACUGGACUUACCUUUGGCCUGGGAUGGGAUGAUUUCAGGGAAGAGCUGAUCAGGAUUAGGGUUGAAGCAGAGGAGACUCUGGCAUCUGGCAAAUGUUUGCUUUCUUAGGAGACUUCGACAGCAACAAUUAUGGAUUUCUAAUGAAUACAUUAGAGUCCACACCACCAUGGCUGUAAGUAAGGGUAAUAUCAUAAAUAUUUAACAAUGAGUAUGGCAGGGGUGGUGACCAGUUCUGAGACUCCUUUGUACUGUAUUGAUGCAUACCAGCUAACUACCCACCUAGGCUUCUACUUAGGUUCCAGGAAGCCCCCAGCUUUCUUCAGCUCCUGCCUUUAUUACCUUGCCCUAAUUUCCAGAAUGGAGCUUUAGAAAAAUGGGUUGGGGCUACUUUCCCCACCUCCCAGGCUUCCUCCUCAAAACUUAUACUCCUCAAGUGUCCCUGUGCACAGUGGCAAAUACUAGGUGCUGUGGAAAUAGAAUUAUGGUCAUCGCCUUUGGGGAGGAGUGUGAUGCCAAAUAGAGAGAGGGAAGGAAUAUAGGAGGCAGAGGCAGUGUGAGGUUAGAAUGAGCAAAAUCAGUCUUAUCCAGAGGACAUUUCUGCAUUAGCAGACUUACCCUAGACUACCAGAGUCCUGAGCAUUUCCCCUGUCAAUUCAGGCAAGCAGACAUACUCUGCAUGACUGCUCUCCCCUUGUCCCCCUUCCCCUAACCUCUUCCAGCUUCCUGCAUCCUCCAUUGAACUUCUAGGGGAAGGAUAAGGGAAGAGCCAGGAGGGAGCAGUUUUAAGUAUAGAGGCACUACCUCUGAAUGGCCAAAUAGUGCAGACUGUGGUGGAAGGUGAGAGCUGGAGGUGCUGUAGCAAUGAGGGGUCCACCAUAGAAACAGCUAAGCAGGCACAGAGGGAUGUUUUCCUGUCCUUUCAAUUCAUGUCACUUAUGUAACAAGGUGAAUAAGUAUGUAUAUAAGGCAUUUUUUUGAGUAAAAAAUCAGAUAAAAGCUUUUGGUAGGCGAGGAAAGGACAUAGGAUUAGAGAAAAUUGGGGAGCUACUACCUAUAUAUUUUAAAUGGUUCUACUAUGUUACAGGGUCUUUGGUUAGGCUGCUUUGGAAACUUCAUUCUUGGUUUCAGACUUCUGCCAUCUUGUCAUCUGCAGGAGAGGAACCCAGGGCUGACUUACAAUUAAGCAUUCCAAAUCGUGGGGUAUUUGGAACUGUAGGUUUGAGGGUUAAAUUCCUGGUUUCCAGUGGCUCUUCCUGUGCACCCUCUUAUUUUUCCACAUCUUGUGAAACAGUAAUAAUUAGAGAAACAUUUGAAUGUUUCUUCAUUUGCCAGAAAUUACUCCUAAGAUUAUUUCUUUAUGUCUAUCAUGGUAAUGGUUUAUAGUGCAGCAACGUGAGAUUGUGCUGGUCAUCACCUUCUAGAGAAAUGGAACAGAACCUUAGAGCUGAAAAGCUGGUUAGGUGAACUGAGGGCAUGAAGGAGUGUUGUCACAGGGAUCCUCUGACUCGGGGGUAGCCUUCCUCUCUGGAGGCUGCCACCUAGAUAGGGCCAGUAAGGAUCUGAACGUAGAUACUAUCUGGGAGCAGGGUGGUUCUCAGAUCUGCCAAUAAGGUCACUGACUGUUUACAUUAGUCCUUAGCUGACGUUAUCACUAUCUUUUUUCAGUGUUAAUCUUUAGUAAAUCCCAAGCUCAGACACAUCUACUGAGAAAGCAGUUUGGGUCCAUAUACAACUAUUGAGCAUCUCUGAAUGUCAGAUGCUGUGUUAGCUCUUGGGGUGACAAGGGCAACACUGUUCUUGCCUUUGAACUUACAGUCUAGUGGGAGGAAACAGACACACAAACAGAUAGCUUUAAACAGUGUGGUUCUGAGGAAUAAAUUGGGGAAAACAGAGCUUGUUGACUAGUUAUAUCUGGGAGCUAAGAGAAAGGAGAAGUGUCUGGGGUCACCUUCAGAUACUGCCAACCAUUUUCUCCUUCUUGAACUCUCCCUCCUUGGGGCUCCACACACUGUCUUACAAUUCUGUCUCUCGUACUCUCCUUCAAUAGAUCCACUUCAAAGACUGUCCUUAAAUGCUGUCCCCGAGCCCCCUCUUCAGCCGUCUGCUCUUUUCUCUAUCUUCUUCUCACAGGGGAAGGAUUUCCAAAGCUCUGUCUCCAUCUCAGACCUCUCUUCUAAUAGCACAUUCACAUUUUCCAGCAUCUACUUCAUCGCUUCAGCUGCCACAGGCACUGCAGACUCAGUGUGCCAAAACUUCUAGCCCCCAAAGCUGUGUGUCUUCCUGCUGCCCUCUCCCACGCUGCCUGGGACACCCUCUAUAGAAGGAAGUAGAAAUGGACAGAAGUCUCAUGCAGCACUGUCCAACAGAAAUAUGUCAGCCACAUAUGUAAUUUAGACUUAUCUACUAGCCAAGUUAAAAAAAAAAGAAACAUGAAAUUAGUUUUAAUAAUAUAUUAACCCAAUACACAGCAUGUUAUCACUUCAACACAUAAUCAAUAUAAAAAUUACUGAGAUAUUUUACAUUCUUUUUUUUCAUACUGAAGCUUUGAAAUUCAGUGUACUUUAAUCUCAGUUUGGACCAGCUGUUGUUUGGGCCAGUAUUUCAAGUGCUCAAUAGCCACAUGUGGUUAUUGGCUCCUAUGUUAGAGAGUGCAAGUCUAGAAUGAAAAAGGUAGUUUUGCGGCUGGGUAAAAACGGUCUUGUAAGAAGUAUUGUAGAUACAUGGAAGUAUGAUAGGAUACAUACAUUAUAAGCAUCACUAUUUUUAUGAUUCAUGUAUAUUCUCCAUUCCUUAUGGUUUCCCCCUAAUAUUUAGAGAAGCUUUUGAAAUUUCAGUGUUUCUCAGAAGAGCUAAGAAUCCUUCCUCCAAUGCUGGGAAGGGAUUUUUCAAGAGAGUAGCUCAUCUCCCUCCGCUCCCCCCUCCACAGAACCCCAAGAGGAAGGCGAAAUUGUCAUCAC